ACUAAGGGCGCUCUGAUACACAUAGUUUCCAUGGACGAGGCGUGUACCUUGUUUAGAGCUAUGGCAACGCGUGCGCGCAAUUCAAAUUCGGUGAAUCUGAAACGGUGCACUAGCGCUACUUCCUCACUGGGAAGUGGAGCGAGAGGUCCAGGGAACUGACGUGAAUUGGAGUAUGCAAUCAGAUUGCACAAUUUAAAUUCUAGCUCUAAUAUAGGUGUAUGUAAGAUGGUGUUUUGAGGAGUGGUUGUCUGGGUAAUGAUAUUAAACUCGCUCAAUAUCUUGUUCAUCACCAGUUCAUGUUGAGAUCUGUAUUUCCUGUUUGUGUAGAGAGGGUUUCGCUUUCGCUAUGACUGUGAGGGUCAGAGUCACGGAGGGCUGCCAGGAGAAGGCAGUGAGAAACACAGACGACAGAAGACAUACCCUACUGUCAGGCUGAUAGGUUACAGAGGUAGAGCCAGGGUUCUUGUGAGUCUGGUUACAGACACCGACCCACCGAAGCCCCACGCCCACUCCAUUGUGGGGAGAACGCCAACGACGGUCGAUGUAUUGUUGAGCUGGGGCCAGAGACCGAUAUGUAUGCCCAGUUCCCCAACCUGGGAAUCCUCCACGUGACGAAGAAGAAGGUUCCGGACGUUCUCAACCACAGACACACUCAGCUGGCUCAGUUCAGCACUAACCACUCUUCCGUGGGAGACAUGGACACCGACGUCCCAAUCAGUGACGAGGACAAGAAACAGAUCCGACAAGAGGCUGAGUCCAUUGCCAAGACGAUGAACCUGUCAGUUGUGAGGCUCUGUUUUCAGGCAUUCCUGAUGGACGAGCACGGGAGGUUUACAAUUCCGGUUGAUCCUGUUUUCUCGCAAAAGGUCUACGACAGCAAGGCACCAUCAGCAGGUACCCUGAAGAUCUGUAGACUCGACAAGACCAGCGGCAGUGUAAGGGUUGGGGACGACGUCUUUCUGCUCUGUGAUAAAGUCCAGAAAAAUGAUAUAGAGGUGGUGUUCUACGAGGAGAGGCACGACAGUUCCCUACAUCCGGUCCAACCAUGGACCGCUAAAGGAAGGUUCGGUCCAAACGACGUUCAUCAUCAGUAUGCCAUCGUGUUCCAGACUCCAGCCUUCUACAACCUGGCCAUUGAGAGACCUGUCCAGGUCAACAUAUCGCUACGACGACCGUCCGACCAGGAAACAUCUGAACCAAAACCCUUCCUCUUUCUUCCUCAGGAGUUUGAUGAGGAGAGGAUCGGUCAGAAACGCCGCAAGAAGCUCCAACAUUUCAGCAGCUUCUUCAGCGACGGAGGAGGCGGGGCAGGAAUGGGCGGAGGCUUCUUCAAGGGUACCGCAGGUCUGGGAGACUUUGGGGGGUCAUUCCAAGGACUGUUCCAGGAUGGAGUGGGCGGAGGGACUCAGGACUACAGCGGAGGAGGUGGUGGACAAGGCAGGAGCUCCCUCGGAGGGAUUCCCGACAUAUUUGACAUGAACGGUCCCCCGCACAGCUCGCUGGGUUCUCUAGGGUCAUUGGGGUCAAUCUCCAUCCCCCUCCCUCCCCUCCUUCUCCUCCAACACUUCCUCAAUGCAACAUCAUCACCAUGACAUCGGGGGCAGCCUCACCAUGCACGACGGAGGAAUGGGCAGUGGCCCAGGGUCUCAUCCCCAUUCCGGUGGAUUCCAGACCAAUGGUGGAAUGGACUCGGGACAGAACGGAUACGAGCAGCAGAUGGGAGUCAUGAGAGCCCCGACCCAACAGCCGCCAGCCUACAUGCAAGGAUACGGCCAGCAGCCCUACAUGGGCGGAGGUGGAGGCUACGGAAUGCAGCUAACUCCUCGUACAGGAGACUCUGUCGUUCACGUCAAGGAAGAGAAAGUCGAUCCUGAGUACGGAGAGGUGGAACGUGACAGUUCUCGCCAGAAGCCACCAUCGGGGGCCGUGGGGGGCCAGAAAUCUCAUCCGGGGGCCAGAGGGGGUCAUGCGGGCCCCUCGCACCUCCAGCCCCCCUCUCACCACGGGAAGAUGGGGAUGAUGGAUCUGGAGCAAGAGGAGAGUGGAUUUGCUGAGACACUCGACUCAGGCAUCACUAGAGACGAGGAAGGGGCUUCCCCCAAUCCUUCCUCUGAAGUGGAGACUCAGGCUGCCAUGGAAGCCAUCAGGGAGAGACAACAGUCUGCGUUCCAGGUGUGUGAGAGGAUGUUCAGUGCCCUCCUGGCCUGGGCCACCACUAGAGAUGUCCGCUACCUCCUCGCUGCUCAGAGGAGCCUCACCGCCGUACAGAACCAGCAGGGAGACACAGCUCUGCAUCUGGCCAUCAUUCACAACCACCAGGACGUGGUUCUACAACUACUGGAUGUUCUUCCUCAACUCCCACCGACUGAGACUCCCGUAGUCGACUGCCUCAACAACCACAAGCAGUCGCCCCUCCAUCUGGCGGUCCUAACGAGGCAGAAGAAGGUGAUGCAAUACCUGCUGAAGGCCAAUUCCAACCCUCUCGUCUGCGACAGAGACGGAAACACACCGCUCCACAUCGCCUGCCGCAUCGGGUUCGUAGAGGGCGUGGCCACCCUGCUCGGUCGGACCAAUCACAUCAACGCCGAGGCCUGUCGCAUUCCGGAACUGAAUAUCAGGAACUCUCAAGGCCAAACCCCCCUGCACCUGGCAGCUGGGUGUGGCUCCACUGACGUCAUGAAGCAGUUGGUGAAGGUGAAGGCAGACAUCAACGUCCAGGACAGCAAGGCCGGGAAGACGGCCCUCCAUCACAGCAUCGAGAAGGGAGACCUGCCAAUGACUGGCUUCUUGGUCAUGGAGACUAACAGUAACCUGGACUGUUGCGAUUUCUCUGGCAACACUCCGCUGCAUGUGGCAGCAGGCCAGGGUCGAAGUCCAAUGGUCUCUCUCCUUAUUGCCGCUGGAGCCAAUGUGAAGGUGGAAAACCUGGAGGGGGAGACCCCUGUGAGGCUGGCAGAGUGCACCACUAACGGCGAGGUACUACGACUGCUGACUCAGGCAGAGGAGGCGGGAGGACGCUCACCCACCAGGAACACUGAUGAGUCCCUGAGUCAGGAGAUGGCAGGAGUCAACAUAAAGGCAGAAGGAGAUCUCUCCUCCCUCGAUCUGCGGUCUCGUAUCUCUCUCGCCAUGCUACUCGACAUUCCCAAGGAUAACCAAGACUGGAGGUAUAUACGCACCAUUAUAGCGGGUCAAUUUGUGGGGACAAAGUUUUUUUUCAUACGUAAUUAUAAGAGUUUUCACAGAGAAAAGUGUCCGCGCAUAAAAUUUGCAUUGUGGUGUCCACGCAUAAAAUAUGCAUUGUGGUGUCCACGCAUCAAAUUUGCAUAGUGGUGUCUGCGCAUAAAAUUUGGAUAGGGGUGUCUGCGCGUAAAAUUUGCAGUAGUGGUGUCUGCGCAUAAAAUUUGGAUAGUGGUGUCUGCACGUAAAAUUUGCAGUAGUGGAGUGCGCAGAAAAAGCUUUUUUUUCUCCGUCAAAACUUUCCCACUGUGCCUCAACAAAAAACACAAUAAGACAAAACAAUGGAAGUUGGCCUUAGGAACUACGAAACACAGCACUGUGGCUAAAAAGAACCUACCAAAAAUAUAGUACUCUAUUACAACCGUGGAACUAACUGUGCGCAUGGUUUAUUUCUAUUGCUUGUUCAUCUUACCUCCUUUCUCCCAUCUCUCCCCCAUUCCUCCAUUCACUGGGUGUCACUGAAAACAGGGAGGUAUGCAAGAGACUCGGCAUGGGUCAUCUCAUAUCUGGAUUCACGACCAUGACUAGCCCCACCAAAGAACUCAUCAGCUAUUUUGAGUCAUGUGACGGGACGGUGUCCAAACUGCGCAGUGUGUUCCAGGAGAUCGGGAGAAUCGAUGCGGUGAAGGUGAUAGACCGUUGUAUGGAGGACUACAGAGCUGGUCAGCAACAGAUUCUCGGUGUCCCUGGGAUUAGGCGAGGAAUUAACACCGCUCCUGUGUUUGGUCAGGGGGCUAUUGUGCCACAUCACUGUCUGGUUGACUCUGGACUGGAAUCUGGAAAUUCCGGAUCCCAGGACCUGCGUGGUCACCUCUCUACCCAGCUUCCUCUCCCUCAACAGUCCAGCCCGGCUAGAGGUUUCUUUGCAGCCACCACGCAAGCCUAACGACGCAACCAACACCACCCACGUACCCCCUCCAUUUUGAAGAACACUCGCAACCGCCCCUCUCUCUCCCUUUCCCCUAACUCCAUCUCUCCUUGUCCCUUUCUCCUUCUCUUCCUGUAUAUACAACUUGUGUAUUGUAAAAGGCCCAAUGCAAAAAGGACCCAGUGUACACCACAAACAUAGAAAAUUUGCAAACAGCAACUGUUAGGUUUAUGUUUGUUUAAUUAUACUCAGAAUUUCUGAAAGGCUUGUCGGUACAUUUUAGUACCAAGUAUGUGUAUUAUACUAUGGGACUGCUACAGUACAGAGGCUGCUAAAAUGCAUACACACAUACAAUGUAUACCAGUCAGUCCCCCUUAAUUUUGUUGCUUUUGUAUAAAACAAUGUGUAUUUUUCUCUUUCGACAGAAAAUUUGGUUGCAUAGUAUUACGCAUGCGCGUAUCGUUACUAUGGAAACGCAUGCGCUUUGGGUGCGCUAUAAUUAGAGUUUCAAGCGAGAGGCGUGCAGCUAGCUAGCUGUGCAGGAGAAUGUGGGGCGAGCCGGAGUUGGUGAGCACCGGUCGACUGUCUUCGCUGCCGCUGCAGGUCGUGGUCUACUUCAGCGGCUGGUAUCUGGUCCUCUUCUACCCUUCCCUCCUCGCCGCUCUCCUUUAUAAAGCAUUUGGAGGUCCGUACCCGACUGCCAACCUGUCAGCCGAAGUUCUUCUCCUCUUCCUUCUUUCUCUUCUGGAUUCAAACAGAAUAUUCUUCUGUGCUAAAGGCAACCUAACGAGCAGGAGGCUCCCUCUCUUGACAUCUCUCAUCCUCUCAGUCCCAUCUCUCUGUGGUUACCUCUACCUCACUCUCUGGCAGACAUACAUUCUGUCAGUGGAGGUGAUAUUGUUGGUGAUAGGAAUGGUUGGUUUAGGACUGAGUAUGCUGCUGGGACUUAUCACCCUCGUCACAUUCCAGAGGAGUGCAGCCACGACAUAGCUCUUAUGUCACCCGUUUUUUCAGUCGUUCAACAUCUUUAUCAUCAUGACCAUUACACUGAUUUGUGUUUGUCAUAAUUAUUACCCUC